CCUUCCCGCUCUCCUUCCCGAACCGCCAUUUUGAAAAUCUUGUUGAUUCUGGGGAGCCGAGCGCGCGUCGCGAGCGUCACGCCAGACAGCGGCCCGCGCGCCUUCUCCUCGGCGUCGGCCUCCGGAGUCUCUUCGUGCUCUCCCGUUCCAGGCUCGCGGCGGCCGGGACCCGCGGUAGGUCCGCAGCAUGUCCUCCUCGGCCCCUGCUGCGGAGGGAGAGGGAACCCCCGCCCCGCCCGCGUCGGAGAAGGACCCCGAAAUGCCCGGGCCCCGGGAGGAGAGCGAGGAGGAGGACGAGGACGACGACGAGGACGACGACGAGGAGGAAGAGAAAGAAAAGAGUCUCAUCGUGGAAGGCAAAAGGGAAAAGAAAAAAGUAGAGAGAUUGACAAUGCAAGUGUCUUCCUUACAGAGAGAGCCAUUUACAAUCGCACAAGGAAAGGGGCAGAAGCUUUGUGAAAUUGAGAGGAUACAUUUCUUUCUGAGUAAGAAGAAAACAGAUGAGCUUAGAAAUCUACACAAAUUGCUUUACAACAGACCAGGCACGGUGUCCUCAUUAAAGAAGAAUGUGGGUCAGUUCAGUGGCUUUCCAUUUGAAAAAGGAAGUAUCCAAUAUAAAAAGAAGGAAGAAAUGUUGAAAAAAUUUAGAAAUGCCAUGUUAAAAAGCAUCUGUGAGGUUCUUGAUUUGGAGAGAUCAGGUGUAAACAGUGAACUGGUGAAAAGGAUCUUGAAUUUCUUAAUGCAUCCAAAGCCUUCUGGCAAACCAUUGCCAAAAUCUAAAAAAAAUUCUAGCAAAGGGAAUAAAAAGGAACGGAACAGUUCUGGAAUGGCAAGGAAGGCAAAGCGAACCAAAUGUCCUGAAAUUCUGUCAGAUGAAUCUAGUAGUGAUGAAGAAGAAAAGAAAAAUAAGGAGGAAUCAUCAGAUGAUGAAGAAAAAGAAAGUGAAGAGGAGCAGCCACCAAAAAAGACCUCUAAAAGAGAAAAACCUAAACAGAAAGCUACUUCGAAAAGUAAGAAGUCUGUAAAAAGUGCUAACGUGAAGAAGGCAGACAGCAGCACAACCAAGAAGAAUCAAAACAGUUCCAAAAAAGAAAGUGAAUCUGAAGAUAGCUCAGAUGAUGAGCCUUUAAUAAAAAAAUUGAAGAAACCACCUACAGAUGAUGAAUUAAAGGAAACAGUAAAGAAAUUAUUGGCCAAUGCUAACUUGGAAGAAGUCACAAUGAAGCAGAUUUGCAAAGAGGUAUAUGAAAAUUAUCCUGCUUAUGAUUUAACUGAGCGAAAAGAUUUCAUUAAAACAACUGUAAAAGAGCUAAUUUCUUGAGAUAGAGGACAGAUGAUUUGUUCCCAUAGAUUUGAAGAUCUGAUUUAUACCAUUAUACCAGCAAAGAGAAUGUAUUUCCUUUUCUAAAUCUUUGUUAAAUGUUGUGUUGGUAGAACUUACUGCUGACCUUUUUAUCUGGAGUGUUACAUAUAAUUGAGUUUGGCAUUUUUAAAUUGCAUUUCUAUGCAGUUUUUAGUUUAAAAUCUUGCAUGGCAAUAAUUGUCCCUUGCUUUUAUAGUUGUAUUUUGUACAUUUUGGAUUUCUUUAUAUAAGGUCAUAGAUUCUUGAACUGUUGUGGGUUUUAGUGCACUUAAUACUAGCUUGCAUAAGACAUACUUUUAAUCAAGUAGAAAAGCUAUUACAACCGGCAUUUAUACCUGCAGAGAUUAUUGCAGUAUUUAGUAUAUGAAAUAUUUUGAAUACAGCUCUAUUCUGUCCAUGUGACAACUUAGUGGCAGUGUGUGUGUCAUAUUAAGUUACACGAGCUACCUGUCCAGAUGACUGAAUUGGAAUUUCUCCUGCAUGUAUAUAUAUGUCGAAUUGUCAGCAUGACAGAAGUGACAGAUAUUAUUUUUGUAUUUUUCAAAAACCAAUUUGUUGUAUAUAAUUUUUUUAUUUCUUUUGUGCAGAUCAAUUUUUAAACUCAUGUAGGUAGGUAUCUUUCCACUUGUAAACUAUGAAAUGUCAGUGUUCAGCCAGGCAGUAUGACAGAGCAGUGAAAGUCAGAGUUCAGUGAUGGGAACACUGAGGAACUGUCUAGUUCUGCUUCGCCCUGAAAGUGUCAUCAAUUUGUAGUUUUAGUGUUAACUGCAGAAGUAUCUAUAUACAUUUUAUAUUGAGGACAGACCAAAAAUCAACACAUCAGAACUUCAAAACUUUGGGAAAGGGUGGGAUUAAGCACAUUUGGUUUCUAGUAAGUGAAGUGAUUUUUAUUAACUGCUUUUGACCAUUUAAAAUGCUGGUAUUUACAAGAAACUCGGCCGCCUUCCUUCAUAAUUAUGAUAAAUGUGUGAGCAAUAGUGGGUAUUUCUAAUGAGCGAUGUAUACCUAUUUUUAACAUUAAAGAAAUUUAAUGUAUUUGUAGAAUCAGGACUGUAGGGUUUUAAAUUUUGGCCAAUCAGGAUUCUAGGUGAUCAAAUAUAUGGACCACCCCUGAAUUUGAAAGCCUAAAUUUUGUCUUUUAAAUUGACUGUCUCUAAGUCAGUUUAUUAAAUAACCUAUCUCUGAAUUUUAAAAUAAAA